GCUGGAAAGUUUGGCGGACUUUAUCCCCCGCAAAGAAGCGAUUUUCGUCAUAACACCGUGGUGUGAUUGUCAGUCCAGUUUGACAAAGUGACAGCGGAGAGAGUGUCGACCUCAGUGGUAAGUGAAAUCAAGUCACUGGCACCUGUUUUGAGGCUGAGUAUAAUUCAACAGUUGCAUGUAUAAAAGUAUUUUAAGGGGGACUUAGUUUCCACUGUGUGGGUCUUUAUUAGUCCGGAUCUUUUUCUCCCGCGGUGUCAUAACUCCACACCCGACGUCACACGUUUGUUAGCAGAUGGCGGGUUGUAAUCGAGCAAUUUUUGUGCAAAGUCAGAAGAAACUUUGUAAGUAAGUUAUAUAUCACGAGUAUUCGUAUUGAGCGUGAAAACGAGUCCGUUUCUCAGUGCUGCGGACUUUGUGGGUCAGCUGAACAUGGCAGAUAGUAGUUAUUACAGUCAUGUGUCUGGUUAACGUGGCUGCAGUCUGGGCUGACCUGGAAUGACUUUUUAGUGGGUGGACUGCUUCAGAUAGAGACUAUUAAAACAGACUAAGACAUAAACUGUGUGACACAACAAAGGGGGAGUGAAUGUGUAAUCUGAGUUACCUAACACUGUGUUUUUGCAGCUUAUCAGUUCAUGUGAGGGGUCAAUGUUUCACUGGAGUGACCGUGUCAGAUCUUGGUUACAGACCAACAACUGAGGAGGCUCCUUUGUUUGGCUCAAGCUCAAGUCUGCAUCAGAUUCGCCUCUGAUUUCUCAAAUCUGAUGUUGGGUUUUUACCAAGACUAGCAGCCCUUCUGGUUUAAUAGAUCUUUAGCUCUCUAGAAUAAAUUAGUCCAGAUCUGUAAAGUCGAGGUAUCAAGGUGUGUUUUGGAUCUGGUCUAACGUGGUCAUUUAUUUUUAAAGACAAAAGACAUAUUUUACAAAACUCGAAGAGACUGCUGCUGCAUCUCCCUGGUACUCUAGAUCUGAAAUGUCUAGGUAACAUGGUUUUGCAUCAGCCUUAUUAAAAGCUGCAAACAAGAUGCCAACUCAAACAGUUCUUGUUUGAGGCUUUUAGACUUGAAUUAAAGAUCUACUACAAGAUCAGUUUAACACAAGCCAGCCUGUCAUUGCACACUUUUUUAAGAUUUACCCAAAUUAUUUUCUGAAUGCAACUUUAAGAAGAUUUGUAAAUCACUUUGGUUUGAUCAUUGGAGUUUAAAUAAAUGUAUCUAUGGUGGCCCCUCAAGGGCAACUUCCCAAACAUCACAUGACCAUGAAAAAACAUUUUACUAAACACAAAAAAUUGUCACCAGACACAAAAAGCUGAACAGCAAACUGCAAAAGAAAUUAUUUUACAAAAUAAAAAUCAUAAAUGCAAAAAAACAAAUAAAACUUUAAAAACGGUGAAAACAAAAAUCACAGUGUGCUACUAUAUGUUUCAUGAAACAAACAAAAAAAUCCCAAUUUUGUUGGUGAAUUUAAUGUUGUUGUUUUUUUGUCAGUGAUAGUUUUGGUGUUUUGUUGUAAUAUAUUUACAGAUUGAUGUUUAUUUUUCCUCCAGAACAGCAGCAACCAUGUCUAUGACCAAUGGCAACCAUAUCAGCAAUGAAACAUGGGACUCACACAACAAAAUGAUGCUGGACCCUCUGGCUGUCAGCGACUCUGAGGUCGGUGUUAUUGGAGAUUAAAUCAGAUUGAGUUUCUGAUCAGUGGAUAAAUUGUUGUUGUUUUUUAAUUUUUUACAAAAUAGUUUUUUGAUUAAGAUUUAGUGAAUUAUUGAAUCCUUCCUAACAAGCUGUGAAUUGUAUUCAUUGUGUUUAUUUGUGUUUUAGGUAUUCGACAUCAUAAAGAAAGAGAAGCACAGGCAGACGUACGGUCUGGAGCUGAUCGCGUCUGAGAACUUUGCCAGCCGAGCCGUUCUGGAGGCUCUGGGUUCCUGCAUGAACAACAAAUAUUCAGAGGGAUACCCGGGUCAGAGGUGCGAAAAUCAAUCACAGUGUUUGUUUACAAUGUAAAACCUGUGCGUCUUGCUUCAUUUUGUGUUUUGUAAAUCAUUAGACCAUGUGAUGCAUGUGUCCAGGUACUACGGCGGCACGGAGCACGUCGAUGAGUUGGAGAGACUCUGUCAAAAGAGGGCACUGGAGGCUUAUGGUCUGGACCCGGAGAAAUGGGGCGUCAACGUGCAACCAUACUCAGGUAUUGCUUAUAAAAAAAACAAUUUUUUAAUUUCUCUUCACCACAUUGUCUCCAAAGCUACAUCUCUAUUUUACAGCCCUGUAUACUCUGGUGUGGUACAGAAUAAUUUGUGUUUCCAUCAUCAAAAGUUGGGAAAGGUUCUGUUCUGUGGUGGGUCUGUAAGGCAGUAAGAGAUCAGCUAUGUACUUGGGGACAAGUCUAAAUAGUUUUUUCAAAAGUUAACAUCAAAAUUUUAAAAUCAGUUCUCACAUUCAGACCUAAUUCUUGUGUUACCGAAUAACUGUCCAGAACGCAACUUUAGAAUAAAAGCUUUACUUGUAUUUCCUCCACAGAAAUAAAUGGAUCAGACUAUUAUUUUGAAAAGAUUUCCAGAAGUAUUUCCUAAUAUCUUUUUCAAGCUUGUGGCAUAAACAUAGUUAAUACAUAGCAAAAACGGCCCUCAGUUCAUCAUAUUUGGUGUUUUUGGCUAAUAUUGUCCAUGGAUCGCGGUUAAAAAAAAAUGGGGUGCUCUGCUCACAGCAGCGGUCUUAAGAGUCAAAUUUUUCAACAUGUAAAGAUAAAAGAUCAGUGUUGAAUGGAGCUAGAAGGCAUCCUGUGUGAGGAGCCAGCAGAUGAAUUUGGCUUCAAGAUCAAGAUUUAUCUUACUAAAGUGUCUUGAACCAAACCAGCUCACUUGGUGGAAAUCUCUCUCUCAUACUGGUGUUGUCCUCUAUUAGGCUCACCUGCUAACUUUGCCGUCUACACUGCCAUUGUGGAGCCCCAUGGGAGGAUCAUGGGACUGGAUCUACCUGAUGGAGGUCACCUGACACACGGUUUCAUGACAGAGAAGAAGAAAAUUUCAGCAACAUCCAUCUUCUUUGAGUCCAUGCCGUAUAAGGUACGCAAAAAUCACAUCGUUGACUUUGUUAAAAUGCACAAAUGCAGAAAGUAGUACUGAGUUAAGGUAAGUAAUAAUGACUCUUAAAUGUAAUUUUGUGUGGAAAGCGCUGCAUUUUUAGUUACAUAACUCAGAAAUAAUACACCAUACAGUCAUCAUAGUGUAGAGACUAAGUGGAUUUAAGUUCAAACCUGAAUGUUUAAAAGUCCUGUUAUUGUUAUUUUGUUACAGUAAAGUAUAAAUGAUGAACCACAGGAAACAUUUCUCUCUAUAACACAUUUUUGAGUCGAAGCAGCUCCUUCACUGGGCUUAACCAGAUUAGACUUGUUAGUCCAAGAAUGUGCGCAUGAUUUUGGCCUGUGGCUCCUAAUGACAGCUGAGGAGAUAUGAAAAAGGAUUCCAAGAAGUCAUGACAGCCAAAAUAAUGGAAGCAGAGAAAGUAGCAUUUUCAUUUUCAGGAAUUUCAAACUGAAGACCCUGUAGGCUGCUGCUUAUGGGUAGAAAUGUUGGAAUUUCUCUGCCAGUCCUGUUUGCUUGGAUAAAUAAGAUAUAGAGUUGAUGAGUUGAAUUAGAGGACACCAGAGGAUUAAUGUUCAGUGGGAUGACUUCAGGGCCAUCUUACUUCUUAUUGGUGUCCUGUAUAUCAUAGCACUACCAGCUGACCAACCAGCUCUCCUGAUCCUGAGUAUCAGUGUUGGGAUUGAGAGUGGGAGAGGGCCAAGACCACACAGCGACACUUUGUUUUAGCUGAAUAAGACUAGGAAUGAAGUCGCAUCCCUUGAAAUACUGUCCUGAAUUUGUUUUAGCGAUAAUGAAAAAGGCGCUGAAUUGUUUCUUCUAUUUGUGUAAUCCUUAUUUUCACCGAUGCCACUUCAGGUUAAGAUCAAGUAAGGAUUAAAGAAAGAGAAGAAGCAGUUCAACCCUCAUUUUCUGUCAAGUUUGAGGAUUCCUACAAUCACCUGCCCUGUGUUGAACACACAUGAUCGACUUUUGUAUUUCUUAUAAAAACAUGCAAGUGUUAAUGCUGUGACUCCUACUUUAAGGUGAAUCAAGAAACCGGUUACAUCGACUACGACAGACUGCAAGAAAACGCCAAACUGUUCCACCCCAAACUCAUCAUUGCAGGUCCGUUGUUACACACACACACACACACAUAUUGACAUCAAAGUUGUGCUGAAAUCUGAUGUUGAGUCUCUUAAAUGAAAAAAUAGUGAAAUGAUGGAGAGUAAAAAAAUCUGAAGUUGGGGAGCUCACUUCUUCCUCCUCUGCAGGGACGAGCUGUUAUUCCCGAAACAUCGACUACGCCCGCAUGAAGCAGGUUGCUAAUGAGAACGGCGCCUACCUGAUGGGGGACAUGGCUCACAUCAGUGGGCUGGUGGCUGCUGGAGUCGUGCCCUCCCCAUUUGGGUACUGUGACAUUGUUUCUACGACAACACACAAGACGCUGCGGGGCUGCCGUGCUGGACUCAUCUUCUACAGGAAAGGUAGGAGUGAAAUAUGACAACACCACAGCCAAAGUAAAGCCUUUUAGAACAGAGAUGGACUGAUUACUGGCCUUGGUCGAUAUUCAGAGCCAAAAUUUAGCGUUCAGCCAGUUAUCUGUAUUUCUGUUUUAUUUUACCAAUCUCCUGAAAUUCCCCGGCUUUUUCCAUGUUUCAAUUUUCAUCCUCCUCCUUCAGGUGUGAGGAGUGUUGAUGCCAAGGGGAAGGAGACCAUGUACAACCUGGAGUCUCUGAUCAAUCAGGCUGUAUUUCCAGGGCUGCAGGGAGGACCACACAACCACGCCAUUGCAGGUCAGCCUCUCACCAUCGUUUAGUUUAUUUCUCGUGUCCUCUCAGUUUCAUUCAUUCAUGUAAACAUGUUUCUCACCAAGAGUUCUUGUUUUACAUUUGAAGGUGUCGCUGUAGCUCUGAAACAAGCCAUGACGCCGGAGUUCAAAGCCUACCAGACGCAGGUUCUUGCUAACUGCAAAGCUCUCUCUAGUGCUCUCAUUAACCACGACUACAAGAUCGUCACAGGUAAGCACCACUGUGCCAUAUCUUCAGUUUAUGUUGAGAGGAAAUGUUGAAACAAACAACUAGAUCAACAGGUUAGCUAAAACAUGAGUGUGUUGUUGACAUGAGGUAAUUGAAAAUGAGUUGAAAUGAGGCCCUCUUCCUUUGAUUUUUAAUGCACAUUGUUAUAAUGAGGACAGAAACUGAUGCUGUCGGUGUUUCUGGAGAAUUUAAAGUAAUCACUGGUCAUUACGAUCUCAAUAUGAACAUUUGUGACGAUACGCAUUGGAUCACACUAAACCUAAUCCAUUGCAAACCUCCCUCCAUGUCUCCAUAUGACAAACAACCCCCUCAUAUUAAAACAUCUAAGACCUAAGAUUAUUAUCCAAAGAAAGUUUAUGACGUUUAUUGCUCCGGAGCUGGGUGAUAAACUGUCUUUUCUCUGUAAAACUAUGGAUUUCACAGUUUUUUUUAUUUUCUUCUUCAGGGGAAAAAAACUAAAACUGACAGAAAUUCAAAACAAGUUUUUAGCCUCCCGGGUGAUGAGCUCAUCUUCAGCUUCUGUAGUAGCUUUGUCAAACCUAGUGCAGUGGGAAAUUACUUUGCUCAUCCUGUUUGCCGGCUGUAGCAGUCUUGUUCAUCUCUUAGUGAGACACGUUUCUUCGACUUGGCUGCAUGUCUCUGUGUAUAGAUGUUGAAAUGACAUGCUAGUGUUGCUGCCUUUAGCCGCAACAACCUUUGAAAAACUUUGAAGUCCGACAUUGCAACAACCAACCCACGAGACUGCCUCUUUAAGGAGCAAAUUGUUCAUAAACCCUGGUAGCCAUGAUGUUGUUUGUCAUGUGUCUGUCUCUAAGGAAAGUAAAUAAAGACAAAUGUGUGAGCUGUGAAAGUGAGGAAGUAAGAGAGAAAAUGUAGAUUUUUAUCUUUCAAAUCUCCCUAAAGUACAAAUUGAUCCAUCAAAGUGAUUUAUUGCCAAGUCCUAGAUUGCAUGAAGGUGUCUUAUUUUUCGUUUAUUGGUUAUGUAGUUAUAAAGAUUGAUUAGCUCCUGUCUCUUUAGAGUUUUGCAAUACUUUUAUCCCUCUUUCUGUGUAGGCGGCUCUGACAACCAUCUGAUCUUGCUGGACCUGCGCAGCAAAGGAAGCGAUGGAGGGCGAGCUGAGAAGGUUCUGGAGGCCUGUGCUAUCGCUUGUAACAAGAACACCUGUCCAGGUACUGUGUAUAGUUAGUGUAAUGUAAAUUAUUGCAGUCUGUCCUGAAUGACUGCUCGUUUCAGUGUCAGUCUGUAUGCCUCUGAUGUGUGUAUCUGUGCUUAUACAGGAGAUAAGAGUGCUCUGCGCCCCAGUGGACUGAGGUUCGGCUCGCCAGCUCUGACAUCCAGAGGUUUAGUGGAGGAGGACUUCAAGAAGGUGGCUGAGUUCAUUCACAGAGGUAACACUUUUUUGUACACUUCACUACAAAUCAUACUAGAAGCACACAAUGCACUCAAACUUCUGACACCGUCUGCAGUUGGAAGAUUGUGAAGAUUAAUUUCGUCUAUAUAAAUGAAAAAAAAAAAAAUAUUACAUCCUAACUCCCUUCCCUGCUUUUCUCUCUCCUGCAGGUAUUGUUCUGACUCUGGAGGUGCAGAGAAGUCUGGAUCCAAAGGCCACACUGAAGGAGUUCAUCCAGGCUCUGUCUCAGGGAGAGAAGUUCCAGCAGCGGGUCGCUGAAAUCAAGGCAGAGGUGGAGGCUUUCGCCGGUCAGUUCCCCAUGCCGGGUCUUCCUGAGCUGUAAACGGAGGCGGUUCAGGCCCCAUGGACUGAUGAUUAAAUUAACAUGCCGGGCCUAGUGGUGUGCUAUAACGUGUGCAUAUUUCUUAAGGUUGUACACCUGCUGAACCUGUCACAGUUCAACACAAGAUUCUUCCUUUUGGCAUUUUAACAGGAUGGUUUUUGGUUGAACAGAUUUGACCAAACAGAGAGGUAUUUCUGCAGACUUCCUUUGCUGUUUUUGUUUCCUCUGUAACUUUGCUCUCAAUACUGUGAUCACAUUCAAGCUUUAAUCUUAUCAGAUUUCUGUUUACUAUUUCAAAGCAAGGAGCACUACAAAGCAAAAAGCAGGCUUAUAUAUGUGGGCUUCAUACAGGGUUCUCUGUAUUCUUGUUAAUUUUACCAAACAUUUUUUGAUAACGAAUAAAUAACACUCUCAUUCUUUCUGAUAAAAGUCAUGGAAAAAACAGACUGAUUUAAACUGCUGAUCCAGAGUGAGAGGACACUCAUCAUGAGGCCUACCGUUGAAACAGAUGAUUGUUAAUUCCAAAUACUAAACCAAAGUUCAAACUGAAGAGACACUUCAGAUACAAAGAACAAAUGUUUCAUCUGCAGAAUUUAUGAAAGAUGGAAAAACUGCCUGUACUGAAUAAAUGCUGUACAUUCUUGAGAUAAGAGCUUGAAAUAAAAUAAUUGAAACCA